GGGGAACGAGACCAGCAGUUGCCCAGUGGCCAGUUCUCGCCACCUCCCGCAGGCUCGCAGCUCCACUGCACGCCACGCCAGCGCUCCUCUUCUCCCCCUUCCUCCCCGGGCGGGCUGAUGAGUUUUAGCGGGCGGCGCUGAAGCGAUUUCAUCUUCGGGGAUCCAGGAGCGUCGGGGGGCGCGCCGCCGUCGUCAGUGGGAGAGGUGGACAUGAACCGGGCACGGUCGCCGGAGCCGCUGGAUUUCUUCAUCUGGACUGUGGAGGAUGUGGGGUUGUGGUUAGAGAAGAUAAACCUUGGUGGCUAUCGCCAAGCAUUUGAAGAAAAUGGUGUCAACGGAGAGUAUCUGGAAAGCCUCUCCACAUUUACUACAGAGCAGAUUCUACGAUUUAUCAGACGGUGUCACAUGAAAUGGGGAGAUUUUAUCACGCUUUGUAAAGAGUUGAGGCGCAUUAAAGUUGCCUGCCUGAAAGGGGAGCAGGAAGUCCGCAAGCCAUGGUGGGCGCCGCCAUGCCUGUCAAUCGUAUUCGUGAGGGUGGCCAAGCGGAACCGGCAGUCCCGUGUCGUCUCCCUGAAGCUUGAACCUUAGCAGCUUUGUCACCCCAUUAUGGACUUCUAUGCCUUUGUGCACUCCUUGGCGAUCCUGGGGUUGCGCUUUCAGCCGGAGGAGAGAUAACAUGCUGUGUGCGCAAAGUGUAAACCGGUGCUGUUUGUAUUUGUUGAUUUGUUUUCUAUAUAUGUAGGGUUUAGACAACAAGGACAUAGCAUACAUGUACUGUGUAGAUGGUCCGCCGUGAACAACUGUAUUUUCUCUUUGUCAAUCUUUAAUUUCCGCGAUCCUUCAGCGAGCCACCUAUGGUGACUUGGUCAAAUUUUAAUUUAUGGGGUCGAAAUCUUCUGUAGGCGGCCACUUAAAUCAA